AUGGCGUCUGCUAGAGCGAAGGACAAGGCGGGCGCUACGUCCCAGACACUUGAGCUACAGGGAACGCGAGCUUUAGGGGGCGCUGUUACGCCAGUGGGACCAGUGCCUCGCAAAGUGGCUGCACAGGGUGACACUUACCCGUGUUUGGUCCACUCGCUAUACGGCCAUUUGAAAGCGAAGGUCGUUAAAAAGAUUCAAGAGGGAAAAUACGUUAACGUAUUCGAGCUCUCUCUGGAUGCGUUUAGAGCCAAAGAAAGGGCGGCUGAUGGCUCGGGCUCAAAGAAAGUACGUAGGCCGGAGACGUUUAUAGCCAUGGCCAAGUCUAACCCCAGUGAGCCCAUGAUUCUAGACAUGGAAAACCGGGAUCCUUACAAUGUUAAUGAACAUGUCAGGGUCCUGUUUGAAGACGCUUUUGCAGAGCCCGAAGGGUCCCACAGUAUCAAAGGAGUAUGGCGCAUGUCCUACAAGACAUACAACGGGGUGAAGAGCUGCUGCUACAUUGUGCUGUCUGUGCUUUUUGGGUGCCCUUUGGCCUUCUGCUGGGCCCUGACUUUUGCAUGUAACCAGUGCUGCCAUAUCUGGUUGGUGGCACCUUGCAGACGUUUAUGGGAUAUGAGCAUCACCUGUAUGAAGCUGUUCUGGAGCACGUGUGUGCACUGCAUGUAUGACCCAGGUUAUGAGUCUCAAGGCCGGUGCUUAAGUUUCAUUCGUGUUACAAACAAGAAUGGAUAGAGAAUAUUUAUCCCUUUCUUAGUCAUCUCCAUGGCGACUAUAGGACCCUCCUCCUCCUCACUCCCACAA